AUGUCCAACAACUCUGUCUUCACCUUUUCUCCUACAGGACCCCAGCGCCCCAUAUUUCCUCUUCCUCCUACCACUACGGCCUCGACAGCGAACACCGGAACACUCGCCUCCAUCGACCCGCUCAUCCCCACCGUCGGACCCCGCGCUCGCGAUCUCCACUACUCCAUCCGCGACUUUCUCUCCACCCACCCACUCCUCGAGCUCGGUGGCCAAGAGCACUUCACCGUUGAGCGUCGACGCCAUCAAGACGUCUUUGGCCUCCAUGCCCUACCCAAGAACAAAAUCCAUCCGAUCGACGACGUCGAGUUCACUGCCAUCCGAGGACCCCAUGGGACGAUUCCUGUUCGCGUCUUGUACCCAACGUCGGGAAAGGACAACCGCAACAAAGGAAAAGCAGGUGCCUUGAUAUACUUUCAUGGGGGCGGGUAUACGGUGGGAUCGGUAGACGAGUUUGAGAAUGGACUUCGUUUGGUCGCCGAGGAGUCAGGCUGUCAGGUCUACGCGUUGGAUGAGUAUUCGGCUGUGAUCGACUGGGUGCAGGGCGAGGGAGGGAGGAUAAGGGGAGUCUAUCCUGGAAAGGUAUUGGGUGGAGGGGAUUCGGCGGGUGGGAAUAUGAUAGUAGCCGUCUACAUCUCCCCUCAAGACCGUUACGUCUCGCCCGGUAUGCAAUCCGUCGAGGACCUCCGUGGUCAACCGCCCGCCGCUGUGUUCACCUCUGGCUACGACCCCUUGCGAGACGUCGGCUGCGAAUACGCAAGCAAGCUGUCACAGGCUGGAGUACCGACUCGCUGGCGUCACUACGACAACCUCACCCAUGGCUGGCUUCAGCUGACGGCGUGGUCGGAAGUGGCAGAGCAGGCUGUCAAGGAUGUUGCGCACGAAGUCAAGAGGCUGGUUUUUGCGGCGAUUGAUACACAUACGCUCAAGAGUCCUCAGGGCCAAGUACCAGUUGACAGGCUCAAUGUGCGUGACUUUACGUUGGCCAAUUCGCUGCGCCGGCAGAGUGGUGAUAAGCCAGCCACUAGAGCCGCUCGCACCACUCGCGUUACCACCCCCUUCAAAAUUAACACAUUCAGCAAGCCGCGAAAUCGUUUGUUGGAUUAG